CAGACAGAAAAACAACCGGCAGUGUUCGUAGCCGUGUGAAAAGCUGCUGUAAAAAUGAUAUUUAGGUCAACACAAAAUUAAUUUUAUUGCAGUUUUUUUAACCUUUGACACAAUGAGGACUCAGCUCGUCGGUUUUUGCCUGGCGAUUAUCGGCUUCAUGGGAACCAUUCUCAUCUGUGCUCUCCCCAUGUGGAAAGUGACGCCAUUUGUUGGAGCGAACAUCGUCACCGCUCAGGUGUUCUGGGAAGGUCUAUGGAUGAACUGCGUGAUCCAGAGCACAGGUCACCUGCAGUGCAAGGCAUAUGACUCCAUUCUCGCCUUGCCUCAGGACCUGCAGGGCUCUCGGGCUCUCAUCUGCGUCUCCCUCGGCGUCAGUGUGGUGGCCAUUGGCCUCAGCGUGGUUGGGGUCCGGUGCACCAACUUCUGUCGCUACGACAGGCCGACUAAAUCCAACAUUGGCAUAGGUGGAGGUGUGGUUUUCAUCAUCGCAGGGGUCCUAUGCAUCAUUCCUGUCAGCUGGUCGGCUCACACCAUUAUCACAGGAUUUAACAACCCCCUGCCCACAGAGGAGAGGAGGGGGGAAUUAGGGGCUUCCAUCUACAUUGGCUGGGUGUCUGGAGCUCUGCUUGUCAUUGGAGGAGGGAUACUGGCAGGUAGCUACAGAUGCUGAGGAGGAUGGGAGAAGAAGAACAAUAGACUGCCCUUUGACUGCCGUCCUAAUCUUACUAAACUAUAGAAAUAGCUUCUGUUUGCUAAGUUUUACUUUACUUUAUAAAGACUUUAUUUGAAGGUCUAUAUUUGCACUAAAUUACCAUUUUUUUAAGAGUAUGUACAAAGUACCAAGUGAGCAGCACAAAUAGAGAGUAUGAUUUUUUUUUUAUGAUAAAUAAUAGCAUCAUACGAAAUGUAUAAAGAAAAAACAUGAGUUCUCAUAAUUAACUGUAUAUGUUUGAAGUUUAUUUAGAAAAAAAUAACCACAACUUAUUGAUUUUUUAUAUAUUUUCUCACCCACCCCUUGUUCUUCUGGACAGGAUGGAUGACUUCUUCAUUUUAAGCUCUCUCUCUAUAUAUAGAUAGAUAUGUAUUUAAACUGGUGUCACAUGAAGUCAUAAU